ACGGCCGCCCCCUUUGUGCUGCCCGGUAUUGGCAGUCUGGCGGGAUGACCCAGUCGGUAGUGGUCCAAGUCGGCCAGUGCGGAAACCAGAUCGGCUGCUGCUUCUGGGACCUGGCGCUAAGGGAGCACGCCUCGGUCAACCAGGCUGUCUUGAUUGACAUGGAAGAAGGGGUUGUGAAUGAAAUUCUCCAGGGACCAUUGAGAGAUGUGUUUGAUAGCAAGCAGCUUAUUACUGAUAUUUCUGGCUCAGGAAAUAAUUGGGCUGUUGGUCACAAAGUGUUUGGUAGUCUUUACCAAGAACAGAUUCUAGAGAAACUCAGAAAGUCAGCCGAGCACUGUGAUUGCUUGCAAUGUUUCUUUAUAAUACACUCCAUGGGAGGAGGAACAGGAUCAGGACUUGGCACAUUUCUUUUAAUGAUGCUGAAAGAUGAAUUCCCAGAAGUAUACAGAUUUGUGACUUCCAUUUAUCCUUCAAGCGAGGAUGAUGUCAUAACCUCACCAUACAAUAGCAUGUUGGCAAUGAAGGAACUGAAUGAGCAUGCAGACUGUGUGUUGCCCAUUGACAAUCAAUCUUUAUUUGACAUCAUUAGCAAAAUUGACCUCAUGGUGAGUUCUGGAAAGCUGGGUACAAUUGUGAAACCAAAGAGUCUGAUUACUUCAAAUGCUGAGGCUUUAAAAAGCAGACAUAAGAAGCCCUUUGAUGCAAUGAACAACAUUGUGGCAAAUUUGCUACUCAACCUAACAAGGUAAUUCUGCAGAUGAAAAAAUCACUUGGC